UCUGCUGGCGAUUUUAAGGCCAAUAAUUUUGCAAGCAGCGAAUUGGGGGCUAUUUUCUUGGGCGGGUUGGAGUACAAAAGUGCACUAGAUUGUGGAAACCUAAACCCCCGGGGUCCAAAUUGCAUGGGUGCAUGACCGCAAAGAAGAGGGCAGUAACGAGGAAGGCCGGUGAAGCGCUAGAAAUUCGUCUAUUGCGAGUGUGCGUGAAAAGUGUUCGAGUGAAGUAACACACAAGAGGCCCGAAUUUUCCUCUUGAAGAGGCUUGAAUUAUCCUUCGGUUUCGUCGGCGUAUUUUCAGCUAGCGAGGAUUCUCAUAUUUGCACGAUUCCUGCGAGUGCAAAACGCUCAGCUCAUGAACCGACGGUGAAUCAGUGCGCGGAUCGGAGAGAGAGGAGGAAAAAGUGUUCUUUGUUUGUACCCAGCUGCAGCAGCUUCUCGUCAAAGUUGCAGGCUCGUGAGCACAGCACACACAGCAAGUGCACGCAUACCCGGGUUGUAGCGCAGUAAUAGCGAGCGUGUGAACUGCACCGAUCCCGGAAGCAGGAACGAUGGAUGCGGAUUCGGAGAAGCAACCGUUGCUCAAGCAAUCUCAAACUUCGCAGGAUGCAGGAUCAGCACAGCUUGUGAAUGCAUCCCCCAUCGGCCCGGACGAGGUGCCGCCCUCGUACCAACAGGAACAGCAAAAUAGUAUUAUCGUUACGUGUCGGGUCUGCCAGGCGCUGAUCGACAUCUCUUGGAAAAAGGAGCAGCAUGUCGUCAAGUGCACCCAGUGCAAUGAAGCAACGCCCAUUCGGAAUGCACCGGCUGGAAAGAAGUACGUUCGCUGUCCAUGCAACUGCUUGUUGAUCUGCAAGAGCUCUUCCCAACGAGUCGCAUGCCCGCGUCCCAACUGCAAGCGCAUCAUUAAUCUGGCUCCCAGCCCUGUCACCCCACCACUAUUGCCGAUGCCGGGGAUGUGUCGCGUUAUCUGUGGUCAUUGCCAUGAUACGUUCUUGUUUGAUACAUUGAAGAACAACCUGGCUAGAUGUCCGCAUUGUCGGAAGGUGUCAUCUGUUGGGGCAGAGUUUUGCCGUCGGCGUCGUAAUCUUCAUCUGCUGGGCGGCAUGAUAUUUUUGGCGAUCGCCAUCGGUGUAACCUUUGCGACCUACACCUAUGCAAGGAGCUACAGUGGCAUAUUUGUGGCUUACAUUAGCCUCUUCCUCAUCUCACUACUAUUGUUUGGUAAGACACUCUACUAUUCGUCGCUGAAGAUAAGCAACAUUGAUGGCCCGUUUACGACGCCGACUACAUAAGUUUUCCAUCGAUUCGGCAAAAGCUAACCCGUAGCUACUCGCGCCAAGCUCUGCAAAACACACAUUCCACCAAACACCCUUGCUUCGUUCUACAGUAUGGUGUUUGUAAUGUUUCUCCGCAGAUCGGCCGAUAAAAGAGUCGAGCGGAGGAGUGUGGGCCGAGGGUGGUUAGCAUAUUGGUGUAAUACAUAUAGACACGACACGAGCCAAUGUGAAUGAACAGUACAGAUGGGAAAUUGUUCUCUACUGUUAGGAUGAAAUGAAGGAAGGGAUAACGCUAAGUAUAUUACACAACAUCAAACAUUCGGAAUCAAUAAGAAAGUAACAGUUCAGAGGGAACCGGCAACAUUGGCGGAAUAAGCAGUUUCAAAAUAACUCGCGUUGGUCGAUCUGCAAAAUGUGCAAAUCCGUUUAAUAACUCUUAGACAAAGUAUUGUUGAAGAGAAAAUGAGGUGUUUAUGGGUAACGGUAUGUAUACCUAUCGCAGUUCGCAUAACCGCAACUGUUCGUUUGAAAAGCUUUGUUUAAAGAUAUCGGUAGAGUUAAAAGUUUAAUCAAUCAGUCAGCAACAGUUUAUUAACCGAGCCCACCUGUUUUGCGGAAUGAAAAAAUUACGAGUCCCCUUUCUAUACAGAAAUGGUAAUGAAAACAUCUAAUCGAACAGCUUACGGACGAGAGAAAGUAUGUUCCCUGUUUGUAUGAUUGUGUCAGUAUAUUCAUUUAUUCUUUAUGCAUUAUAUUGCUUGUUUGUUUUUGUCAUUUUUUGUUUUCGGUUUUAAUAUGUCGUCACUGUAUUUUUUUAUCGUGCUAUACAGCACAACUGAUCACAACGCUAUAGGUAAAAGGAAGUAACAACCAUUUACCCGAGAGAGUUCACAAAAUUCCUCCAAUUUCUGCAUGUUGCUUAUGGUACAACAACUAAGCAUAGUAAAGCACAGAGAUUGCUAUUUCUAUGCGAUACAUUUUGCAAACAGCGAACCGAUCAUGUGUUGGGUUUUUGCAAAAUGUUUUCAUACCGAAAGAUAGAACGCAGCAGGUACAAACGAACACUUUCUAUUCGACUGCGGGGAACAUGUAUUCAUUAGAGUCUUAUACAUACAUAAACGCAUUCAUAAACACUCUACCUACAAUAAUAUACAGUAAAAAGGCAAUCUAUAAUGCAUACCCCUACGAACUCUGGAGUAAACGGAGAUUGCGGGGAAGCUGAGUGUGUCGAUGGUCGAUUAUUCUCCUUCCCUUGGUGUCCUAUUUUUCCAUUUAUCUUCACAAGGGUAGCAUAUUUUCACACAUCCUCCAAUCAUUGGCGCAUAGCUUGAAAAUUCUAUUAAAUUUGCGAUGUGCGCCUACUAGCUCGUUGAUCACCUAGAGCAAUCUAUAAAAAUAGUCGAUUUCUUAUCCGUAAUCCACUUCGAUGCUGAUUUCUAGCGCAACUACUAUCGACGCCAUCACUGCGCCCUAUUAUUAUAUGAUAUUAUUUGUAACACGUAACAAAAUGGCACGAUAAAGAAAAAAAAGAAGUUGAUAGGCACCGAGCUGGCCUUAGAAUUGCGCUACGGUUUGGAGGAGGCUAUCAAAAAUUAGAAAAGAAUCAAACAGCUGAGGUGUAAGCGAUGCUAGUAGUCGUUGCUUGUGGAAGAAAGCGUAUGUUUCGCUUAAAGCAAAAUAGUGAAAACCGAUGGCGAUUAGAUGAGGCCAAAACGUAGGAUAACAUCAGCAUGAGGCGGCAACGGUAAGCAAAAAGACGGUAUGUAAAGUAUGCAAUGCAAAAUAAAAAUAAUUUAGAUACAUU